AUGAGAGAAGGCCUCGACCUCCCCGAUUUCGGGAACCUCCCAUUCGACCAUUUCGUCGUAGUAAACCACCCCUCCCGUUCCUCACCACACAUCUACGAGAGCAAUUCCAACCUAAUCUCUCUAUUCAUCAAGGCAAACUGGGACACAACAUCCCCACUCUCCAAAAACGAGCAAAAAAGAAUCCUUGUUGAGAAAUGGAUCGCGUUAGGAAAAUAUGGACGAAACGACUGGGCCCUCGCCAUGUUCAAUGACCCACUCAUCGAUCAUAUCCCAGAGGGGAUACCACAAGACCUCCUCUCAGAGGAAGACCGCGCAAUAAGCAGCCUCAUGUCCACAACCCUCUGGAUCCGAACCUGGUUCGGCGAUCAUACAGAUCAAACAAGCCAAGACGCCGCAGACACGGCCUACGCCCGACUCCGGAAGGAAGUGCUACAGCAGGGUCACGAGGAUCACCACGUUUUCUGUAUCCCCGAGGAACAUGUUUUCGAGGAUCCGGAGGAUCUGAUGAUAGAUGCCCGGUGGGACCGGGAUCUGAUUGAAGGCGUUGCGACAGGCUGUCCGGGUUCUGUGCCGGGGUAUCUACUUGCGGCGCUGAUGCAUUGUCCUGAGCUGUUUGAGGGGGUAUCGGAUGACGACUGGCGGCAUUGGAAGGGAGAGGAGCGGGCUGAGGAGCUGGUGGAGAGUGAUCGGAUACAGAAGGCGCUGGUUCUUGUUGCGGAUCGGAAGGCCUGUGUGGAGGGUUGGGUGUUGGCCUUAGCGGUGAAUCAUCGGGGGGAGGUCCUUCCGGUUAGGGUGCGUGGGCGGGCUAUGGAGGUGGCGCAGAUUGCGGUGGAUUGGUUGGAGGGCGAGCCUUUGUCGGAUAUUGUGGAUGAUGGGGAUGAAGAUGUGGAGUUUUAUCUAGGGGGAGGGAAUGGGUGGGAGUAA